GCCCCAUGCGUAAUUUCCAAAGCAGCGAUUGAAAGAUGAAACUCUCAACUCAAUUUGAUUUUCAGUCGCCAUACACUUUCCAAAAGUGAGGGGAGAGAGAGAGAGAAUGGUGUCAUACAUGAACUUGGUGUUGUAUGGAGUGGGAGGCAUAGUGGUAGCCGGAAUGGCAUUGCUGGUGGCGUUCCAGGAAAAGCUAGUCUACGUGCCGGUCUUGCCUGGUCUCACCAAGUCCUAUCCCAUGACCCCCGCUCGUCUUCGCCUCAUCUACGAGGACGUCUGGCUCAGAUCCUCCGAUGGUGUUCGCCUCCAUGCCUGGUUCAUCAAACUAUUUCCUGACUGCCAAGGUCCAACCAUACUCUUUUUCCAAGAAAAUGCUGGAAAUAUUGCCCACCGCCUUGAAAUGGUGCGUAUAAUGUUGCAAAGGUUGCAAUGCAAUGUAUUUAUGCUUUCCUACCGAGGUUAUGGUGCUAGUGAUGGCUACCCUUCUCAACAUGGAAUCAUAAGGGAUGCUCAGGCUGCAUUGGAUCACCUCAUUCAGAGGAAAGACAUUGACACAUCUAGAAUAGUAGUAUUUGGGAGGUCUCUUGGUGGUGCGGUUGGAGCUGUGCUUACACAAAACAACCCUGACACGGUCACGGCACUCAUAUUGGAGAACACUUUCACAUCGAUUCUAGACAUGGCUGGAGUUUUACUACCCUUUCUGAAGUGGUUUAUUGGAAAAAGUUGUUCAAAAGGCCCUGGGGUUCUCAAUUUUCUAGUUCGUUCUCCAUGGAAUACCAUUGAUAUCAUUGACCAGAUCAAACAGCCAAUCCUUUUCCUCUCUGGAUUACAAGAUGAAAUGGUCCCUCCAUCUCACAUGGAAAUGCUAUAUGCUAAAGCAGCUGCACAUAACAGGCAAUGCACCUUUGUGGAAUUUCUUACUGGCAUGCAUAUGGACACAUGGCUGGCAGGUGGUGACCGCUAUUGGAGAACAAUUCAGCUGUUUCUGGAGCAAAAUGCUCCUGAGAAGAAGGAUGAUGAAUCUUCUGGCACAGGUAACGGCAGUGUUCCACGGGAAAGGGAUAAUGAAUCUUCUCGCAAGGGCAAUGGCAAGUUUUGGAUGCCAGAUCUUUAAAAGUCGUUUUAUUGCCAGACUGUAUCCUCCAAACUUCUAGCCAAACAUAUUAAAACAGUGAAUUAAAGGACCCCUAGCCUUGUAAUUUGUAGUUAUGGUUUGUCAGUGAUGCUUUCCAUUCCUCAAAACAAUGCUCCUCACUAAAUGCAGUUCCUUGGGUAAGUAUUCCGGCCUAUAAUUUAAUGUUUUUCAUGAAUUCUUUGCCAAUAGCAACAAAAGCUAUGUUUUUGGGCCUCUGAGGACCCUUUCUGUGGCCCGGUAUUUUCAUCAUCUCAGAACAUAAUGUCUACUCUUUAGUUAUACCUCAAGAGUCAAAUGCAUUGUUAUCAAAACCGAAUCAGACCGACUGGUCAGACCGGUUGAACCAUUUCACCGGGACCUGAAACUGUCCGGUUCUUUAGUUAGACCGUUUAAGGAAUCAAACCGUUGGAUAACUGGAAAACCCAAAACCGGCGAACCGAAAAUUCCUAAAACCGGCCAGUUCAAAGCUCGAAACCAGCGGCAACCCUUCCCCUUCGUCUUCUUCGUCUUCCGUCUUCUUCCAUUUUGUCUUCCGCCUCCUUCCACUUCGUCUUCUCCAUCUCGAACAGCCACGUACACCAGAGAUCUAGAUUUUGAACGCCAGAGAUCUAGAUCUCCUCCUAAGUUGUGUAUAAGCCUUCCCCUGCUCCUCUCUCUCUCUCUCUCUCUCUCU